CCUAUUGACAGCCUCUGGCAACUUUAUACUUAUCUAUGUAUGGAAAAUUCACAGAAAGUUAAUGAUUUUAUAUUGCAAAAACUCAAAGGAGCGGAUGAAGAAAUCAAAAAGGGAUCGAGAGGAAUCACAUUAAACCUCGCUGGUAACAAUCACUCAAUGCCAGUGGAAAGACUAACAAAUGAAGAUUUUUUAAUUCUUUCUAAAACUUUAGAGAAGAAUCCAUAUAUUAAUGGUUUGGAUGUUAGAUAUAACCUCAUAAGUGAUGCUGGUUUAUACUAUGCUGCAAAACUGCUUCAGAAACAACACAGUCUCAUUUACUUAAAUCUUAUGUUUAAUGAUAUUGGGCCCAAAGGUGGAGAGCUGAUUGCUAAAGCACUACUUAAGAAUACAACUCUGAAAUACCUAAGAAUGACUGGAAACAAAGUUGAAAAUAAAGGUGGAAUGUGUUUUGCUGCAAUGCUACAAAUUAAUUCAUCCUUAGAGAAGUUAGAUCUGGGUGACACUGACCUGGGAAUGCAAAGUGUGAUAGCAUUUGCUACAGUCCUAACUCAGAACCAGACAAUUAAAGCAAUAAACCUAAACCGACCUAUACUGUAUGGUGAGCAGGAAGAGUCCACAGUUCAUCUAGGCCACAUGUUAAAGGAAAACCACAGUCUUAUUACACUACACAUGAGUAAGCAUAAUGUGAAAAAUUCUGGCCUAAAACAGUUAUGUGAUGCACUAUAUCUGAACAGAAGCCUGCGCUACCUUGAUGUCAGCUGCAAUAAAAUAACUCAUGAUGGAAUGGUGUUUUUGGCUGAUGUACUGAAAAGCAACACUACCCUGGAAGUAAUAGAUCUUUCUUUUAACAGAAUAGAAAAUGCAGGAGCAAAUAGUCUCAGUGAAACUCUUGCUUCACACAACAGGAGCCUUAAAGCGUUGUCAAUAGUCAGCAACAACAUACAGGGAGAAGGACUGGUUGCACUUUCAGAGUCAAUGAAAACAAAUCCCACGCUCUCUAAUAUCUACAUUUGGGGAAACAACUUUGAUGAGGCUACAUGUGUGGCAUAUUCAAACUUAAUUGAAAUGGGCCGUCUAAAACCAGACGAUACCGAUGUGCAGCCAUAUGAGGUGGAUGGACGUGUGUAUCUUUCAGAAGUCUCCAAUGGCCUUAAAAGGCACUACUACUGGACACCAACUUAUGGAGAAGCUUUCAGCCACUCAUCUAAUGCCGGUUUCAGUCUCGUACCAGUAGGCCAACAGCUAUGACAAACAGUCAUAAAAUAAUUUUCAUACAUUUGACUUAUAUUCACAGAGAUGAACAUUUUAUUGCCUAUUUCAUAAAUUAGGACAAAUUACUUUUAUCAAAUAUGUAAAAGA